GUGAUAUUCUUCAUCUUCCUUUAUCAACGAUGGAUAUACCCGAUCGACCCAAAGCGCAAAAAUGAAUUCGGUGUAAGCCAACUUGAGUUGCAGCAUCCUAAGGAGUCGAAACUUUCUGUCUCUGGCUCUGUAGAUUCCAUUUUAUCAUUGCCAUCAUCUUCUGAAUCCAAAGUCGAAUCUAAUUGCCCGAGUAACCAAGGUGACGAAACACCAGAAGUAUCCGAGCUGCGUCAGCGUAAAGACUCUGGUUCCUUACUGUGCAAGGGUGUCACUCAGGUCGUUUCUAAAGAGAAUUGUAGCGAAAAGGAAUUGAAGGUGGACUGA